UUGAUAAACAAUGUAAUCUUUAUGCUCCUCUACUUUGUGCGUAGAGAUGAAUUUCCGUGCAUAUACACCAGAGCCUAAGUCUCCCAGCUCGAUUCCUUAUCCUUUCAUAUGCAGAAGUUCUCAAGCCCGAUUCAAGGCUCUGGAGAUUUCCAGAAAUAGGUCACUAAAUUUUCUGUUUAAUACCCCGAGGUGCCUGGUUCUCUGGUAAAAGUAUUUCUGUGGAAUUUUUUGUAAAAACACG